AUGCCGUCCGCAGCACUCUUUCUCGGCCUAGUCACGCUCGUGACAGCUGUUCUCUCCAAAACAGUAGAGUAUGAUUUCAAUGUGACCUGGAUCCUCGCCAAUCCAGACGGUGCCAAACUGCGCCCGACCAUCGGAAUCAACAAUGCGUGGCCGUUGCCCCAGAUCCAGGCCGAUGUCGGCGACACGAUAGUUGUGAAUGUACUCAACUCAUUGGGCAAUCAGUCCACCGCUCUGCACUUCCACGGCAUCUUCAUGGAAGGCACCCCUCAUAUGGAUGGCACUGCCCAGGUAUCCCAAUGUGCCAUCCGUCCAGGGUCGUCGUUUCAAUACAAGUUCCAGGUCAACCAGCCAGGGACUUACUGGUAUCAUUCUCACUCAGGGUCACAGUACCCGGACGGUCUCCGUGGACUUUUGAUUGUCUAUGAUGCGGCCUCGCCGUAUUUUGGGCAGUAUGAUGAGGACAUUGCAAUGUCCGUUUCAGAUUGGUAUCACGACCAGAUGCCAGAGAUGAUGCCACAGUAUCUCCAUCAGUCCAUGCUGCACGACCCAGUGCCAGACUCACUGUUGAUCAACGACACUCAGAACCUGCAAAUUCCACUUCGGCCAGACACCCGAUAUCUGGUCCGGAUUGCAAAUAUUGGGGGUUUCAUGGGUCAGUAUGUGUCAAUCGAGGACCACGAGAUGACCAUCAUCGAGGUAGACGGUGUCUAUACGAAGCCUGCACGAGCACGGGUCCUCUACGUUGCUGCCGGUCAGCGAUACGGGGUGCUAAUCCAAGGCAAGCAUGAUGCCAGCCGCAACUAUGCUAUUACUGCGACCAUGGACAAGGCUCUGAUAAUGAUGGCCCAUGCUCGACCUCAAGUGACAGCUACCGGUUGGCUAGUCUACAAUAGUGACCUGCCACUCGAAAAACCCGAGCAAGAUAUAGACGUCUCUGACGCGAUCGAUGAUAUCACACUGGAGCCGUACGACUCGGAACCGCUGUUCACCUCCCCAGACCAAAGUAUCACUCUGAAUAUGGGUACUGCCCGACUGGAGGACGGGAAUAGCCAUUGGACUUUCAACGACAUCGCUUACACGCCGCCCGAAUAUCCUACAUUGUACCACGCCCUCGAAGCCGGGGCUGCUUCCGCAGAGACCUCAACCUACAAUCAAUCAGCCAACGCCUUCGUCCUCGCCGAGAAUCAGACCGUGGAGCUGGUGGUGAACAACGGCCACAUGAGCCGACAUCCUUUCCACCUGCACGGCCAUAACUUCCAGCUCCUCUGGCGGUCGGAGGCCGGUAGUGGCAGCUUCGAAGAUACGGGCGCGACGGAGCAAGAUUUCCCCAGAGUGCCCAUCCGACGCGAUACGGCAGUUGUUAAUCAGGGCGGGAAUCUGGUUCUUCGCUUCCGGUCCACGAAUCCAGGAGUCUGGGUUUUCCAUUGUCACAUGGAAUGGCACGCGUAUUCCGGCCUCGUUAUCACCCUUGUUGAAGCCCCGCUCGCUCUCCAGGACCGACUGCAGCUCUCUUCCCUCCUGCCGGCGGACCAUCUUGCCGCUUGCGCUCCUGAGGGGUCCUUGCCUACGGUCGCGGAAGCUGAAGCUCAAGAAACAGCGGUUGAGACACCACCACCACCGGACGUCGAGAAUGAAGAGGCGACCUCAGAGAGCACUGACAACCACGAAGACUCUGCCAUUCAGAGGGAUUGGAACCGGUAA